AUGAGGGGCCAACUUCGCGACGAGUCGGGCGCCUGGCUUUCGGCUCACUCAUUCUUUCAAGGUGUUGGCGGUUCCACCGAGACCCUCACGUCUACUGGCAUCUUUACAACGGCGCCGUUGACAUUGAACCCAGCCACCGCAGACGCUGCGGCGGUGCCUCAAGGCCCUGGACGAGUGCGGCAGCCUCGAAGCACCCAUGGGCUGCCACCGCCUGGGGGGCCGUCGCCACAACCGCUGCAAGCACGGCUCGCACCCUUCUGGGCUUUUCACAAUUUGCUCUACGGCAUCUACGGUUCCCAGCAGUCACAGACAUCCACUUCGGGGGAAGAAGUUGUCAAGGGACACGCCCUCCGUAACAAAGGCAUAGGUGGCUUGUACAUCGCGCUCGUCACUCUGGCUCUGUGUGCCUUUAUCUGGCUUGUCACGGCCGCCACGCUGAGCAGCCAAGCCUCAGCGCUGGGGGCGGAAGCAGACGAGGCCGAGGAGGAGCCGGUAGCCGUGCUCCGCCUGGAGGACAGCUCUGCGCCCCUGCCGUUCAUAAGACUAAGGGAUGAAUCUAGGAUCUUCGACGCGGCGCAUACGCCGAAAACCAAAGAUGCGCGAGUCACGGAUGCCACGGUCACACCAGAGGUCCAAGAAACGUCGGGUGCUACUACCGAGGAGAACACCGGCGUCGGCACGACUCGUGAAGCUUCCGUUGUAGGCCAGGACAAGUCAUUCGGCGGCGUUUCGAUGUCGAGGACUACCGGAAGGAGCUCAAAGCGGGCCAGGCGAUUCCAUUCGAACAAGACAGGCUCGGGCAAAUCUGCGAGCAAGAAGCGGCGCAAGCUGUACCCUAGGCGUCACAUUCAUCGCCGAAAGCCCACUGGAGCGCCGACUGCAAUUCACGACGCAACAAGAGUGCCUCCUGACAGCCAGCGCGAUUUGCUUGAUUGAUGAGGCAAAAUGACCGUUACUCACGGCUCUUCUGUGUGAACUGUUUCACAUUUUGUUCAUCACUUCAUCUCAAGUUCAUUAGCAAACAAACCGAGUGGAUUGGGCAAUUAUAAAUUAUUACUUUUUCCCCCC